ACACAUGCUUUUAUUUUGACGACGUGAACCGGAAGUGUUUCUGCCUUGAUUGUGUGUAUUGGAUUAUUAGUUUGCAGUACAACAAUGCAGCAACGAGAGGAGAAGCAGUUAGAGGCCUCUGUGGAGUCUCUCAUCUCUCGGGUCGCACACGUCAAAAACGCUCUCCACAGUUUCAUCUAUAAGCUGGAGAAUGAAUACGAGCGACUAACAUGGCCCUCUGUUUUGGACAACUUUGCUCUUCUAUCUGGUCAGCUGAACACUAUCAAUAAACUGCUCAAGAACGAGAAGACACCGUCCUUUCGCAACCAGGUUAUAAUCCCACUGCUUCUGUCUCCGGACCGAGAUGAGGAUUUAGCGAAACUCACAGAGCAGCGUGUGCCGGUGUUCAGCCAUGAGAUCGUACCGGACUACUUGCGGACCAAGCCUGACCCAGAGGUGGAGGAGCAGGAGAAACAGCUGAGUGCAGAGGCAGCACGGAUUGGCCCAGAGGUGGCACAGAAACAGAUCCAGACGUUGAAUAAACUGUGUUCCAGCCUGCUAGAGAAACUUAACAAUCCUCGUGAUGACAGAGAUGCAGACAGUGCAGCUAUACGACAGAACAAACCGUCUUUCAACCCUGCCGACACUAAUGCACUGGUUGGAGCUGUUGCGUUUGGAAAGGGGCUCUCCAAAUGUAGGCCUCCAGGUCCAGUGGCCCCUGGACAUUCAGGACAAGGGCCCAUGAUGACUGGGGGUCCAACUUUACAGCAGGUCACUAUUGGCGGCGGUUCAGGCCAGCAAGCAGGUAUGGGUGGACCUGUGGCUCCACAGCAGCAAGGGCAGCCAGGUAGGAGACCUGGAGAGCUGGGAAAAAUGCCAAGCAGCAUUAAGACAAACAUCAAAUCUGCGUCCGGUUCAAUGCAUCCUUACAACCGAUGAGCUCCGUCUUUCUUAAUUCUUCAUCCAGCAUUUGUUACACUUCAGAGACUCUUAAGGUGGUGACAGCAUUUACAAUAACCACUUACAGUAUACAGCCAUUAUUUUCAUGGACUGGACCAACUUCUACGAAGUUAUGACUCUCUCUUAAACUGUUUCACUGACAUGCUUAUUGUUCUAUAAAGUUAUGUCAAACACAAUCUUAAUAUUUGCAAUCAUCGUGGUACAUAUUUUCAUUUUUGAUACAAUGUUUGAGCCACUAGAUGGCAGUAUGUCAUCAUCUAUGGGAUCAUAACAGUGUAUUUGGAACUGUACUCUGUUUUUCAAUAAAAGGUGUGUUAAAGGAC